CAGCUUCCUUCCUGGAGCCACCAUAGUAGGUGUGUCACAUGUGUUGUGAAGAGAACUUCUAAGUGGCCGAGCCUCCUCGCUGUGACCUCCACCCUCUGCAGGCCGAGGCAACCCCGGGAACCGCAGAAGGCGGGCAAUGGAGCCAGUGACCUUUGAGGAUGUGGCUGUGAACUUCACCCUGGAGGAGUGGGCUCUGCUGGUUCCUUCCCAGAAGAAGCUCUUCAGAGAUGUGAUGCAGGAAACCUUCUGGAACCUGACCACUAUAGGAAAACAAUGGAAAAAUCAGGCCAUCGAUGAUCACUACAAUUCCAAGGGAAAUCUAAGAAGUCAAGUGUUAGAGAGACUCUGUGAACAGAAAGAAGAUAGUCAAUGUGGAAAAAUCCUCAGCCAGAUCAUAAAUCCUCACAUAAACAAGAGAAGUUCUUCUGGAGUAAAACCUAGUGAACACCAUGUGUGUGGAGAUGUCCUCAAUGCUGAUCCAUCCCUAGCUGUGCCCCUAACAGCUCACACUGGACACAAAGCACAAGAAUAUCUGGAACAUGGAAAGAAGCCAUAUAAAUAUAAGGAACAUGGGAAAGCCUUACAUGAUCCCCAAUGUUUUCAGAAGCAUGCAAGAACUCACACAGGAGAGAAACCCCAUGUGUGUAAGCACUGUGGAAAAGCCUUUAGUUCUACCAGCUACAUUAAAAUCCAUGAACGAAUUCACAAUGGAGAGAAACCUUAUAUAUGUAAACAAUGUGGAAAAUCCUUUACUUUUAUCGGUUCUCUUCGUACGCACAAACAAAUUCACAGUGAAAAGAAACCUUAUAUAUGUAAGCAAUGUGGAAAAGGCUUUAGAACUUUCUUUUUCUUUAAAAUCCAUGAAAGAAUUCACAGUGGAGAGAAACUGUAUGUGUGUAAGCAAUGUGGAAAAAGCUUUGGUUCCUCUAGUGACAUGAAAAGACAUGAACAGAUUCACAGUGGCAAGAAACCCCAUGUGUGUAAGCACUGUGGAAAAGCCUUUAGUUCUUCAAGCUACAUUAAAAUCCAUGAACGAAUUCACAGUGGAGAGAAACCUUAUAACUGCAAACAAUGUGGGAAAUCCUUUACUUUUCUCAGUUCUCUUCAAAUUCACAAACAAAUUCACAGUGGAAAGAAAUCCUAUGUAUGUAAGCAAUGUGGGAAAGGCUUUAGUACUUCCUUUUUCUUUAAAAUCCAUGAACGAAUUCACAGUGGAGAGAAACCCUAUGCAUGUAAGCAGUGUGGGAAAGCCUUUAUUUCUUCCAGGUACCUCAAAAGACAUGAACAAAUUCAUAGUGCAGUGAAGCCCUAUACAUGUAAACAAUGUGGGAAAGCUUUCAGUCGUUCUGAUUCACUCAGAAUACAUGAAAAAAAACAUACUGGAGAAAAGCUCUAUGUAUGUAAACAAUGUGGAAAAGGCUUUAGUACUUCCAGCCGCCUGAAAACACAUGAACAAAUUCACAAUGAAGAGAAACCCUAUACAUGUAAUGAAUGUGGGAAAGCGUUCAGUCAUUCUUAUUUAGUCAAAAGACAUGAAAUAAUGCACACUGGAGAGAAACCCUAGGCGUGUAAGCAAUGUGGAAAAGGCUUUAGUUCUUCUAGCCACAUGAAAACAUGAACGAAUUCAUAGUGGACAGAAACCUUAUAAAUGUAAACAGUGUGGGAAAUCCUUUCCUUUUCUCAGUUCCCUUCAAAUUCAUGAGCAAAUUCACAGUGGAAAGAUACCCUAUAUAUGUAGGCAAUGUGGAACAGGCUUUAAUUCUUCCAGCCACAUGAAAAAACAUGAACGAAUUCAUAGUGGUGAGAAACCUUAUGUGUGUAAGCAGUGUGGAAAAGGCUUUAGUUCUAGUUACAUAAAGACCCAUGAGCAAAUUCACAGUGGAGAGAAACCCUAUAUAUGUAAACAAUGUGGGAAAUCCUUCACUUUUGUCAGUGCCCUUGGAAUGCAUGAACAAAUGCAUAGUGGAAAGAAAUCCUACAUAUGUAAGCAAUGUGGAAAAGCCUUUAGUUCUUCCUAUUACAUUAAAUUCCAUGAACAAAUUCACAGUGGAGAGAAACCAUAUACAUGUAAACAGUGUGGGAAAGUGUUUCAUUUCCCCCAAAUCCCUUCAAAUGCAUGAAAUAACACACAAUGGGGAGAAACCCUAUGUAUGUAAGCAAUGUGGAAAAGGCUUUAGUUCUUCCAGCUCCUGUAGAAAGCAUGAAUGAAUUCACAGUGAAGAGAAACCCUAUACAUGUAAACAAUGUGGGAAAACAUUUAAUCUCCCCAGGUCCCUUCAAAUACAUGAAAUAACACACAAUAGAGAGAAACCUUAUGUGUGUAAGCAAUGUGGAAAAGGCUAUAGUUCUUCCCGCUCCUUUAGAAAACAUGAACGAAUUCACAGUGGAGAGAAGCCUCUAUACAUGUGAACAAUGUGGGAAAGCUUUUCUUCAUUCCUGUUUACUCAGAAUACAUGAAAUAAGGCACACUGGAGAAAAACCCUAUGUAUGCAAGCAAUGUGGCAAAGCCUAUGGGGAGCCCAGUUCCCUCAGCAAACAUAAAAGAAUUCACAGUGGCAUGAAAACAUGCUUGUGAGCAGUGUGGGAAAGCCUUCAGAAAUUCAUGCACCGGCUAAAAUACAUGAAAGAAUGCACACUGGAGAGAAACUGUGUAAAGAAAGUCAUGAAGCCUUUACCCCAUCCAGUUACCUUCUCAAACAUCAAGGGACUCACACUUGAGAGAAACUCCAUGAGUGCAAGCAGUAUGAGAAAGCUUUUGCUGUUUACAGUUCCCUUUGAUAAUAUGAAAAACUUCACAGUGAGGAGGAACCUUAAGGAUGUCAACAAUGUGGGAAAGCCUUUAUUCUCCGAUUCUUUCAAGUACAUGAAAGAACACACUGGAAAGUAACCCAGAAUACAGAAAAAGUGGGAAGUCUCUUUAAAAAAAAUUUUUUUUUUUUAGUUGUAGAUAGACUUUUAUUUAAUUUAUUUAUAUGCAAUGCUGAAAAUAGAAACCACAUGCCAGGCAAGUGCAUUACGGCUGAGCCCCAACCCCAGCCCAGGAAGUCUUUAUUAUCAUGUGAACUUGUUAGCAAACACGAGAAUGCAGUUGCAAUAUCUUGUAUUAUUGCAAAGGAUCUGGGGAACUCGUCAAAUUGGUUCAGUGUACCUAUAUAAAUGAACACGGUAUGCAGUGGAGUCUAUAAUAGAAGAGAUUUGCAAUGAUCUCCAUUUGGUUCACAUGUAAGAAAUCACAGUAAAUCAAAACCCUGUGAUUGUGAAAAAUUCUUAGAAAGGAGUUGUCAGUUGUAACAUAGUUUCAGAGGCCUAUGAAAAUUCCUCCUGUAGCAGAAUCCUAAAAUGUAUUGAGUAUGAAGAGCUUGAUGCAAAAUAAUUUCUUUAGAAGUCUGCAGAAAAUGUACUACCUGGAGAUUUCCCACAAGUUUUAUAUUGUGUUCACUAGUAAUUUAUUCUUCAAGUAGAUCUCUGCACUGUGUGUGUGUGUGCACGCAUGUGUGUGUGUGUGUGUUUUGGGUGGUGAGGGGUACCACGGAUUGAACUCAGGGGCACUUGACCACUGAUCCACAUUUCCAGCCCUGUUUUGUAUUUUAUUUAGAGACAGGGUCUUACUGAGUUGCUUUACCACCUCACUGUUGCUGAGCCUGGCUUUGAACUCAGGGUCCUCCUGCCUGAGCUUCCAGAGCCGCUGGGAUUACAGGCCUGUGCCACCUUGCCUGGCUGCACUGCGUGAUUCUAAUUUCGAUUCUUGUAAACAAAAGAUUCAGGUGAAAUACUUCUGUGAGUUUUGUUCAGGCUAUUCUAUCUGAGUUUAAUAGGUAGUGUGUUUUUGAUCAAAUCAGGUAGUGAGCCUUCUAACAUAUUGACCUGAGCCCCAUCAAUGUGUAUUUCUAAGGUGCAAUUAGGCUUCAUUUGUAUGUAGUUUUUAAAUACUUAUGGUUAAUGGGCCAGGGAAGAAGGAGGUUUUGUUCAUUGUUGUAAAUUUCUGACUGGCCUCACAUAAUGGGUUAUGCAUACCCUUUUAUUUAUAUAUGUACUCAGAGAUAUGCAUAUGUAUUCAUGUGUAUGUUUCUUUUCAGGGGAAAAUGACAAUUGUACAUGGAUUUUAUAUUUUUCACAGUUGGAUGUUAUAUCUUUCCCAUAUUACUGGCGCAUUAUAAUUAUACAUAAUGGUGAAAUUCACUCACAUAUUUGUCCAUGCCCAUGAUAUAGCAAUAAAUGUAUAUUUUCUUCAAACCAGA